AUGCCAGUCAAGGUCUAUCACUCCCUACCAAGGGACCUCCAUGCAGUCCAGCCAAAGCUCUCGCCCUUUAUCUCACUGAACCCGACCCCAGGCGAGAAGUGCAAGACGCCGUGGAAGCCCGAUUACUACACCGGUGCUCCCUGGCGGCUCCUCCUGGACGACAGCAUACUGUUCCUCAGGAACUUCUCUUACCUCAAGAACAUCGUGCUCCCUCUCUGGAAUGACAGUGGUCGCAAGUUUCCUUCCGGGCAUUUGGACGAGCUCUUUCCGUCGUUGGGAAAUAUCCAUGACAUUACGUUUCAUGCCAUUUUGAUCGUAGCCCAGUCUGCCUUUAUACUCUCUCUACCCUUCCUCGCCGCUCUUCCUUUCCCAGUCCUUUUUGGCUAUAUUGGCGUCUUCAUUGUCGUCAACCAACUGGCAUGUUGGAGACUCAACGGCUACAUGCCAGGAGGGGUCCUGGAGUCGACGUAUUUUCCAGAGUCUAAUAAUUGGGAACCUCACCCGGACGAGCAAUGGGUCUUCCUCAACGGAGUGGCUGUAGGCAAGCAUUGGCUGCAGGGCAACAUCGACAGACUCUCGUUGACCUUCCAUCGGAGAGUUUUAGGGGUGCACAAUAAAACAUCUGGAAUCAUUUUUGACGUGAUCCAAUGCCUCCUCGAACGCUGCCUCUACUUCGGAACCUCGGACACCCGAAGCUGCUUUGCAAUCAUCUCGGACCUCCUGCGCAUCAAGGACAAGAAAGUCAUCCUAAUCUUGCAUUCGCAAGGGGGGCUCGAGGGUAGCAUCAUCCUGGACUGGUUGAUGAACCAGCAUUCACAGGAAGCCAUGCAAAGGCUAGAGAUCUACACCUUCGGGAACGCCGCCAACCACUUCAACGACCCGCGGACCUCCGAAGACGAGGAGAGCGCACCAGGCGGCUUCGACAAGCGUGCUGUGGGACACAUCGAGCACUACGCGAACUCGGACGACUUCGUAGCCAGGUGGGGGGUCAUCCACUUCAAGGAAAAGACGGCAUUCGACAAGAGGGAGUACGAGUUCACCGCUCAGGCGACAGUAUAUUCCAGGGACACGGAUCACGCAAACCUCAUCCGCCAGUAUGCGAAGAUCAGGCACGAUGACAGCGUCGAGCAGACCUGGAACUCAUACCACGGGAACCUUUUCAAGAGAAACGGCUCCGGCCACCAGCUCAACCAGCACUACCUCGACAACAUAUUCCCGCUCGACCAAGACAUGAACGGGGUUGAGGUGACAAAGAACGGCGCACCGCUCCCCGGCACUUUUAUGGAUACGGAAGUCGAUGUUAUUAAUGAUCCUAAAGACAUGGACAGAAGGAGAGGCAGGCGGAAGGGGCACAAAGACCACUCGCACGAAAAUGGGUUCAACGACGUUGUGUCUCAGAAAAAGGUUUUCCAGCUCAGCCGGCUCUGGAGUUACACCAACGGUCGCCACCCCGAGGAUCGAACAGAGGUCGAUCUGCCCAUCAAAAAACUUUCCUCUGAAGGUAGAGUCAAAUCGUAUUUUCAGGAGGAAAAGAAUAACGUUAGAGUAGGGGUGGAGGCAAUUUGA